UCUUUCCCCCCAAUUCGCAGCUCCCACACUCUGAACAUAAAGCACACGCAGUCUGAGCGGCUUCGUUCCGGAGGAACAUCUGAUCUAUCUGAUCUUGUCUUGGUGUGAGAUUGUUUUAACAAGAUCGAGGAGCGAAGGAGAAAGGAUCUGGGGUUUUACUAACAUGGCAUCUCUGAGAACUGUGCUUUAUCUGAGAGUCUGGCUGUCUGCUUGGAUCAUCACAACAGCAGAGGACAACUUUGUGCCCAGAGCAGAGAAUGUUCACUGGUUUUCUCUGGACUUUAAAACCACCCUCAACUGGACUACCAAAUCAUCUAACUACACAUACACAGUCCUGUACUCUUGGGAUGACAGUGACUGGAUUGAGUGUCUUUACUGCAGCCAAUUGAUAGAGUCGGUAUGUGAUUUGACCAACUGCCUCAAACCCUUCGACAGGAUUUACAGUGCUGACGUCAAAACAGAACCUGCCAGCAUGAACCAUAACUAUGACCCAGAGGAGUUACCUCACACUUAUUCUGGAAACUUCAACCCCUACAUAGAAAGUAACAUCAGUGCUGUUAAAAUUACUGUGCAGGCUGUAGAUGAAAGGACAGUGACUGUCAACAUCACAGAUCCUCUGACCAGUAUCCAUCAGGAUGGGAAGCAGCUCAGCAUUAGAGAUGUUCUCAAAAAUGACCUCAUGUACAAGAUCAGCUACUACAAGUCUGGAAGCACAGGCAAGAGAGACAUCAUAUCUGAAUCCAGUAUGGCAGAGGUGUCACAGCUGGAUGCAGGACAAAAAUACUGCUUCAUGGUAGCAGCUUACAUCCCUUCCAGACCCAAAUCCACCCAGCAGGGAGCCUGGAGCGAACAGCGGUGUACAACUGGACAAGAGGAUGUCCUGCAAGAAUUAAGUCUUGGAGCGUGGGUUGGUGCAGUCUUCAUCUUACUCACAAUCCUAAUCAUCGUGGUUACAGUGACGGUACUCUGCUGCAGAUGCUGCCAACGAAGAAACAAAAUGCUCCACACAUCUCAGUCAUCGGCACCUGUUUAGGGUGUGUAUCUAGGCAUUUUUCAAAAACAAGGAGGUGGUCAUCUCUCCUCCCUUUUUCUUGGAAAACAUUUUACAUUCCUAUAUUCUUUUAUUCCACUGUAUUGUAGUAAUUAUUUACCGUUUUUUUUAUUUACAUUAAAAGUGAAGCUACAUAUUGCGCUGAGGAAUCAAUAAGAAUUCUGCUUUUCAGGUAAUAAUACCAUUUCAGCACCACCUCUGUAUUUCUGCCAUUUGUCCCAUGCUUUCGAAAGGACUAUAAAAUGGCAUGAGAAGGUGAAAGCCUUAGUGGAUGUAUAUGAUCUCCGCCUUUCUAGGCCUGUUGUUUGUAUCUUUUGUUGAUCAAAAGGCUGUAAAAGCAAUAAAAUACUAAAAAUUAA